AACAGUACUUUGGUCGGCAUGGCAUCGUGUACGUCCUAUUUUUUUCUUUUUUCCGCUGGUAAAGACUAUAGGACCAUUUUAUGAAAUGACUCCGUGGAUUUGACUUAAGCCAAGCAAUAGAGCUCUCACGGUACUGUCGUCCUAUAAGUUUUAAUAGAGUAAGUCCAUUCACAAAAGGCUGAGAGGAUUUAGACGCUUAGACAAUGCAUCUACCUUAUAUUGUCUUGGGAUAAGGGUAACAAAGCCAUGGAGUCACCAGUUAAUAACUAUGCAACGCAAAUACCCCACCCAAGCCGGUAUUACAGGUUUUCCUUGUUCAUACUAUGAAAGCUGCCUAAGCUCCUCCCACUAUGAAUAAGGCACUGUGGGUCUCUCUAAAAGUGACACUUCUGAUAAGUUUGGCAUGGUUAGUGUCUUUUAAAAUACUGCCCCUCAGCGCACAAAGAGCCUUUGCGUUGGGCUAUGUGGAAGGGGUGACGAAGAAAAGAGGAAUCUUGCUAGAAACUGGAAACCUGUUGGAGAUAGGAUGGUGCAACCAGGAAAUGCCGGCGAGAAGAGUGAAGAAUAUCUCUCUUCAGACCUUGAGGAUCCAGGAAAUAUGAGAAUGGAUCUUCCCUUGACUGAAAACCCGGACAAAGAGUCCUGCAAAAUGGCUUUGGCCUCACCCCAAUCCCAGCGGCUAAAGUACAUGUCACUGGGGGUGCUGGUGUUACAAACCACUUCGCUAGUGCUCAUCAUGCGCUACUCCCGGACCCUAAAAGAGGACGGUCCCCGCUACCUGGCCUCCUCUGCUGUGGUUUUGGCUGAAGUGCUCAAGAUCUUUGCCUGCACCCUCCUCGUCUUCACGGAGAACAAUUUCAGUUUCGUGGCGAUGAAUCUGCUGCUGAAGGAGGAGAUUGUGAACAAGCCGGCGGAGGCCAUGAAGCUGGCUGUGCCGGCGGCGAUCUACACGCUGCAGAACAAUCUGCUCUACAUUGCCCUCUCCAACCUUGAUGCAGCUACCUAUCAGGUCACUUAUCAGUUGAAGAUCCUCACCACAGCGCUGUUUUCAGUCUCCAUGCUUGGGAAGAAGUUAGGCCUCUACCAGUGGCUUUCCCUGCUCCUCCUCAUGGCUGGAGUCACACUGGUGCAGUGGCCCACAGACUCGGGAGCAGACUCGGAGCAGAAGAUAGUGACCGCGGGCUCCCAGUUUGUGGGGCUCAUGGCUGUGCUGAUAGCCUGCUUGUCCAGCGGUUUUGCGGGAGUUUACUUUGAGAAGAUUUUGAAGGAGACCAAACAGAGCGUUUGGGUCCGUAACAUCCAGUUAGGUGUGUUCAGCUUUGUGUUUGGCUUUAUAGGAAUGAUAAUUUACGACAGCCAAAGCCUGAGGGAGUCGGGGAUGUUCCAGGGCUACAAUAGUAUUGCCUGCACAGUAGUUGUCCUUCAGGCUCUGGGCGGGCUGGUCAUUGCAGUGGUGAUAAAAUACGCAGACAACAUCCUGAAAGGAUUCGCCACAUCUCUGUCGAUAAUUGUGUCUGCUUUUAUUUCGUAUUUCUUCCUCAUGGAUUUUAAUCCCACGGGGAUAUUCUUCACGGGGGCAUUGCUGGUCAUUGCCGCCACGUUUCUUUACGGCUACGAAGGGAAACCUGCCAGCGGCGGUGCCAUCAGAGUGUAGUCGGGGAGCUCUUUGAGCUGUGGUGCCUGACAGAGGAAAUGGCAGCCUCUCGGCCCGGGCUGAGCAGGGACUAUGUGAACUGUGACCACCACUUUUUGACAAGUGGAACCCGCACACGCAGGGAAUGAAAAAGCUACACAAGUGCCUGCUACUGCCAAAAAAGCCACAGCUGUUACGUGGCUUUGCACAACGGAUGGUGGAAGGACCGUAUACCGGGAA